UGAGAGAGAGAGAAAGAGUCCGGGGACAGAGCCCGGAGUGCGAGCGAGCGCGCGCGCGGGCGCCGGUGCGCGGGGUCUGUCCGUCCGUCCGUCGGUCCCGGGACAGAGCGUGCACGGGAGAGCGGGGACCCGACCAGCGUCACCCACCCCGGUUAGGACUCAAGUGAGCGCUGCCCCCCUCCCCGCCCCAUCUCUGCCCGGGAAUGUCUCGGCGAAAGCAGCGGAAACCCCAACAGUUGCUCUCGGGCUGCGACGGUCCCGGCGCGUCUGAGAACGGUGAUGCUAGCGAGGACGAUCACCCCCAAGUCUGUGCCAAGUGCUGCGCACAGUUCUCCGACCCGGCCGAAUACCUGGCGCACCAGAACACAUGUACCACAGAUCCCCCGGUCAUGGUGAUACUUGGGGGCCCAGAGAACCCCAGCAACUCUGCGACCUCGUCUGAACCCCGGCCCGAGGGUCACGGCAGUCCCCAGGCCAUGGAAGCCGAACACAGCAACCUCCCCGAUGCUGGGGUCUCGGGGCCCACCGAGCCCACCUGGGCCUCAGAGCGGAGGGGAGAAGAGGCAGCCGCGGGACACUUCCUGGUCGCUGCCACAGGUACAGCCACUGGGGGCGGUGGGGGCCUGAUCUUGGCCAGUCCCAAGCUGGGAGCCACCCCUUUGCCUCCAGAGUCCACCCCUGCACCUCCCCCGCCUCCUCCCCCACCACCGCCCCCAGGGGUGCCCAGUGGCCACUUGAACAUCCCCUUAAUCCUGGAGGAGCUCCGGGUGCUGCAGCAGAGGCAGAUUCAUCAGAUGCAAAUGACUGAGCAAAUCUGCCGCCAGGUGCUACUGCUGGGUUCCUUGGGCCAGACGGUGGGCGCCCCUGCCAGUUCCUCCGAAUUACCAGGUUCUGGGGCCGCUGCCACCACCAAGCCCCUGCUGCCGCUCUUCAGCCCCAUCAAGCCGGUCCAAAGCGGCAAGACACUGGCCGCAGCUUCCUCCUCAGCCUCAGGGGCAGAAACACCCAAGCAGGCUUUCUUCCACCUUUACCAUCCUCUGGGCUCCCAGCAUCCCUUCUCCACUGGUGGGGCCGGACGCAGCCACAAGCCCACCCCUGCGCCCUCCCCGACCCUUUCCGGCAGCACUGACCAGCUGAUCGCUUCGCCUCACCUAGCCUUCCCGGGCACCACCGGACUCCUGGCUGCACAGUGCCUCGGGGCAGCUCGAGGCCUGGAAGCUGCUGGCUCCCCAGGGCUACUGAAGCCAAAGAAUGGGAGCGGUGAGCUGGGCUAUGGGGAAGUGAUGGGGCCCUUGGAGAAGCCAGGUGGGCGACACAAAUGCCGCUUCUGUGCCAAAGUGUUCGGCAGUGACAGCGCCCUGCAGAUUCACCUGAGGUCGCACACCGGCGAGAGGCCCUAUAAAUGCAACGUUUGUGGCAACCGCUUUACCACCCGCGGCAACCUCAAAGUGCAUUUCCAUCGGCACCGGGAGAAGUACCCGCACGUGCAGAUGAACCCACACCCAGUGCCAGAGCAUCUGGACUAUGUCAUCACCAGCAGCGGUCUGCCCUAUGGCAUGUCCGUGCCUCCGGAGAAGGCCGAGGAGGAGGCAGCUGUGCCUGGCGGAGGUGGAGAACGAAAGCCCCUGGUGGCUGCCACCACGGCUCUCAGUGCCACCGAGAGCCUGACGCUCCUGUCCACGGCCGCAGGCCCCGCCACGGCGCCUGCGCUCCCUGCGUUCAAUAAGUUUGUGCUCAUGAAAGCAGUCGAGCCAAAGACCAAAGCAGACGAGAACACCCCUCCCGGGAGUGAGGGCUCUGCCAUCUCGGCGGUGGGGGAAAGUGGCACUGCCACUCGCAUGCAGCUCAGCAAGCUGGUGACUUCCCUUCCCAGCUGGGCGCUGCUCACCAACCACUUCAAGUCCACCGGCAGUUUCCCCUUCCCCUACGUGCUGGAGCCCUUGGGGGCUUCCCCCUCCGAGACAUCCAAGUUGCAGCAACUGGUCGAAAAGAUUGACCGGCAAGGAGCUGUGGCAGUGGCCUCCACUGCUUCUGGAGUCCCCACCACCUCCACCCCUGCCACGUCCUCCUCUGCUUCCUCUGGACCCAACCAGUGUGUCAUCUGCCUGCGGGUGCUUAGCUGCCCUCGCGCACUGCGCCUGCAUUACGGCCAACAUGGAGGUGAGCGGCCCUUCAAAUGCAAAGUGUGCGGCCGAGCUUUCUCCACCCGUGGCAAUCUGCGUGCCCAUUUUGUGGGCCACAAGACCAGUCCAGCAGCCCGGGCCCAGAACUCCUGCCCCAUUUGCCAGAAGAAGUUCACCAAUGCCGUCACUCUGCAGCAGCAUGUGCGAAUGCACCUGGGGGGCCAGAUCCCCAAUGGGGGCACGGCGCUUCCUGAAAGUGGGGGAGCUGCCCAGGAGAAUGGCUCUGAGCAGUCCACAGUCUCCGGGACCGGUAGCUUCCCACAGCAGCCUUCACAGCAGCCCCCAGAGGAGGAGCUGUCUGAAGAGGAGGAGGAUGACGAUGAGGAUGAGGAAGAUGUGACCGAUGAAGAUUCCCUGGCAGGGAGAGGCUCAGAAAGUGGAGGGGAGAAGGCAAUUUCUGUUCGAGGUGACUCAGAGGAGGCCUCCGGGGCAGAGGAAGAAGUGGCUUCAGUGGCGGCAGCUCCAGCCAAGAAGGAGAUGGAUGGGAAUGAGAAAGCAGCUCUGCAGCCUGCCCUUCCUGUGCCAGCACCGACACUGCCUGACAGCCUGGAUCAAACCCAACCAAUGGAGCAGGGAGGCAGUGAUGUCACAGCAGGAAGCUCGGAAGAGGGGGCCAAACCCGAAAGGGGCUCAAGCCCACUAGUGCUUGCCCUGGAAGGGGAAGGCAGCAGUCCGGCCUUGGUGGAGGAGCUGAGUGUGCAGGAAGGCUUGAGGAAGGAGCCUGGUGAGAGCAGUGGCAGGAAGGGCUGUGAGGUGUGUGGCCAGUCCUUCACCUCCCAAGUGAGCUUGGAGGAGCAUCAGAAGACCCACCCUAAGGAGGGACCACUCUUCACUUGUGUCUUCUGCAGGCAGGGCUUCCUUGAGCGGGCUUCCUUCAAAAAGCAUAUGCUGCUGGCUCACCACCAGGUACAGCCCUUUGCUCCUCAUGGUCCUCAGAAUAUUGCUGCUCUGUCCCUGGUCCCCAGCUGCUCACCUUCCAUCCCUUCUCCAGGGCUCUCUUCCUUCCCCCGCAAAGAUGACCCCACAAUUCCAUGAGCCAGUGUGUUAAGAUCUGCUGCCCAAGAGGAUCCAAGAGCUCUAUAGAAGGAACCUGAAGACUGAUGAGCCCUAACCUUCCCCACCCCAAACCUCUCUGAGUUCUGUGAUCCUAGUGCUUUUCUCUAGUUUCUAAGCUGGAAAAUCAUUGUGCUCACAGAAUCAUGGGAUCCUCCCAUGGAACAUUUCUUCACUCUUCAUUGUACCCGAGGAAAAUAGAUUCUUUCCACUUGUCUCAGUUCCAACGGGAACCCUCUUCGGCUUUCCUGGGAUGACCUAUCCCAUUUCCUUCCCCCCCCCCCUUUGCCUGUUAGCAGGUGCACCUAAGCACCCAUAUUUGAAAUGACAGUUCAGCUCUUAGGGGCUGGUAGCUGGUCCUAGAGGACCCCAGGACAUCCUCUCUGGUGACCAGGUCAACCUGCAAAACUUGUCCCAGGACAUUUCUGUGCAGCUGGUGGGUAUGUGUACCCUAUCUUUCUGGAACUGGCACAUGGCUUUCCUGUCAAGUGACAUGCCCACUGAUUCCCGAUUUAGCCCCACCUUACCGUAAUCUCGGGCUUUUGGUACAGUUUGCCCUGAAACUGUGGCUGUUAUGGUGCCUCUGGCACCACUAGAGAGGCCAACGAGAAGAAAUCUCCCCACCUUCCUCCAACUUUGACCUCCUGCACCUGAGGCUGUGCUGAGAAGCCCAAGAGAAUCGAAGCAAAGUAGUAGACUACAGAUUCCUGCUUUCUCCCCCUGCUCCAGAAAGUGCCAGCACUGAAGAAGUCACAGUAUUUGUGUCUGGUGGCUCAGCACUGGUGGGUAGGGAGAGGAGGGUAUAAGACACUUUUCUCAGUAAAUUAUUUGAUAGUCACAUUAAGAGAAAGGUGUUGGUUCUUGAUCUGCUAGGACAUCUCCAGCUUCUCAUUAUUUCUUCAUCAUGGCCUUUCAGCAUGAGGAAGCAGCAUAUUUCUUGCCAAGAAGUCUUCCUGAGGCUAUCUUGGGAAUGUGAAGUUAAUUUGUAUCUUGAACAAGCAUCAUUGGGGAAGGUAAUUGAAGGAGAAAUCUUGGGGAGUUGAGGAAUGUUGUGCUAAUGUAUAGGGAUUGAUCAGAAUAUAUAUGAUUAAGAAAAGGAUUUAAUCUGUAAGGGAGGGGUCUUUGAAUUCUUGAUUGAAUGGAUAUCAUGUUUGUUCUCUUGAACUAAUAGUGACUUUUAGUGUGCAGAAAUGCACCAUGGAUCAUGAGGGAUUCCCUGGCACUAGUAUGCUUAUAGUUGUAGAUAGCCCCUUCUUUCAUUCCUUAGCCUCUUUUGUUUUUCUCCUCUUCAUCGCUUAAGGCCCAUUUCCUCCCCAUUUUACCUAUUCUUGGCCCAGGGCUUAAGCCUGUGCCACUGUUUGUUUCUUAGCAUCCCAAAUUUGGGGAGGUGGUCCCUAUGGUAUCCUUCCUGCCUCUUCAUCUUGCAAUGAAAUGUAGUAUUUACUCUUAACAUAGGACCGAUUGGAACAGGAGUUCUGAGGAGAAGACAGCGGGAGGUCUGGUAUUGAUUGACUUGAAUGGUGGCUUCUCUCCUAAAGGUUAGGCUCCAGGGCUCCUAACAUAGUAAAAUGUAAAAGAGCAAACAAGGGAGAUAGUAGUGUCUUCCCCUCUUCAUUAAAGGUGUUUUAACCAAA